AUGGAUUUAGACGAAACACCUAUUCCUCCUCAAAAAGAAACAGAAAAACCAGUUUCAGUCAUACCUUUGCCUGUAGAAUCAAUUGCAAUCGAUAAUAUUACAAUACCACUUAACAAAACUGAAAAUCCUCCGGCUAAUUCAGAAAAUUCACAAGCUCCACCACCACCUGAUGCACCAACGGAACCACCAAAAAUCAAAAGAGGUGAAGGCGCAGAAGCAAAGAGAGUUGCCAAUCGAUUGAAAGGUUUUGAUCCGAAAAAUUCUCAAGUUUACCAAAUUCUCGUAUCGAAAUUUUCAUCAGGUGUUACACAUAGCGAAUUAAAGAGUAUCGCUCAGAUUUGCUGUAAGUUUUGCAAAAAUCUUACUUUAGAUCGCGAUGCAUCAAGAGAUAAUAGAGUUCUGAUCAAAUGGUUUGAAGAAAAUUGGUCAAUAAUACAAACAAUAAUCAAUGAUAUCCAUUUGAGAGACGAUAACGAGAAAAUUAUUAAUCUGGAAAGGGAACAAGAAAAAAAGGCUCCUAAUGUGAAAUAA